AGUUUCAAUCUCUUAAAUCUAACCUACUAUUAUAAGUUCUGUACGUAAAUACAUAUGAACGUUUUUAAAUAUCCGUCGAGGUAUUCCCUUGUUCUAUUUAUAUCUUUAAAAUUAGUUUUCCUGUAUGGAAAAAGCCCUCUUGUGUCAUUAUAUGGAUCAUGCGAAAUGUCAGAUGUGUUACGAUUUUUUGUAUUUUCUCUAGACUGUAGUCAUGUGCAAUGAAUAAAAAAGAUAAACCAGGUAUAUUUUCUUUCAAGAAAAAGAAAAAGAACAAAAGCAAGGAUAUUGGAGCCACCGAAGAAGAAAUAACAAAAUUAACAGACCGACAGUUAAAGAGGGAAGAGAAGCAGACACAGGCCCACCACGUGCCGGCUAGUGUCGUGACUUUGAAAAAUGAAAAUGUAGGAGCGAAUCAGCAACGAGUGAAUGAGAGACCAGUAGACGUCGGUCCCAGCGUGAGGACUAAUGCUACAGUCACUGAGGCCCAGAAAGUGGUAUCUCACAGUCCUCAGGUCCAGUCAAAUUUAACAGACAAUAUCAUUAUAACAAACCACAACAGAGGGAUUGAAAAGCAGAAUAAAGAGAAUGGAAAGUCGGGGAAAACAGUGGAGAGAAUGGACCCGAAAGCAUCCAAAAGAGUUCAUAGCUUCUCAGUAUCGUCUCCGGAACAAGGGACAUCACAAUUACUGUCAAAGGAAGAGAAAAGGAAACUAAAGCAAUUUGCCUCCGACAGAAGUCCGCAUACGAAAAACGACAGCCUUUCGUAUGAGAAUGAGGAGGUUACAUCCUCGAAGAAGAAAAAGAAAGGUCGAUCGUUGCUGAAAUCUUUCACAGGGAAAAAAGAGAAAGCCAAACGUAGUUUAGCUAAGAGUUUUGAAGAGGAGGCCGCAAAGACCAAAGAAGAGACUGUGACAGGGUCACCAGAUGAUGAUGACUCUGAUGAAGAAGAUGAGGACGACUGGGAUCAUGAUCAUAAUAAUCCUUUCUCAUCGUCUUUCCAACUACAGGAAGUUCAUACCGCACAGCCAGUUGCUGAAAAGGUUCAACAGAAAGAAGUAUCGGAAGUCCAGUUCUACGUGGAAAGAGAAAACUCGAGAGAAUCAGAUAAUGUUGAGUUUAUGGAAGACGUUGAUAAUUCAGAGAGUAAGACAAAGAAGAAGAAAUUCAAAGUACCGUCCUUCAGGAAAAGUAAAAAGGAUAAGGAAAAAUCUUUAUCUAUAGCAAAAGAGAUGAAAUCCGACAUUCCGCUGAUUGAAGAAACGGCAAUCCAACAACACCCUCACAGAACGGCAUCCCUUCCGGUAAAACUUGAAGAGGAAGCUGCCCUCCACGCCACGACUAUGCCAGAUGUUGUAAUCAGGCAACCUGGGCUGCUAGCUGCAGAUAAACCACAUGUUCUCACCCGUUCGCACGAGUCACCUGACAACUUCGAAACAGCCGAAAUUCCUGGACAGUUUCUGUCACGAGAGGAACGAAAUAAAUCAAAACAGUUUUCAUCCAUGAGAAUAUCUAAAAAGAAUGAAAAGGAUGUCAUCACCUAUGAGGAUGAAGACAUUCCAACCAAUAUUAAUAAAAAAAGUCGUCAGGAAUCGAAAUUAUUUUCAUCAUUCCGAAGGAAAAAACCUCCCAAGAAAAUGGUCCUAGAACAAGUGACAGAGGAUAUACCAGAGGACGCUGAAGCUACCAAUGAUCUAGAUGUAGGAAAUCCAUUUUCAUCAGCGUACAAACAAUCGGAGACUCCUGGUGUUCGGAGCAGUGCCCCGUCAAACCUUGCAGGCCCCUCUAUAAGCACACGUGAGAGUGUCGUGUUGAGUGACUUCACAAAACAGAGAUCUCAAACACUGCAACCUUCUCACACAUUUAAUAUGAGUUCGGCGGACGGAGACAGCGGACGCCGGGCACCCCCCGCGUCAACGGAAUCCGCAACAUUAGCCCGAAACGAAGGCAUUCUGGAAAAAGAGACGAGAAGCAAUCCUACACAGAAAAAGAAAAAGGGGAAUUCAAUAAAGAAAACGUUCUCAUUCCGAAGAUCAUCCAAAGAGUCAAAAGAGCAAGAAUCAUCCUUCUCAACCCAACCGAUCGAAGAGGACGUCAUGGAGGAAGAGGAGGAGGAGAUUCAUCCUGAUGUGGAGGUCUUCUCUAACUCACAAUUUCAAGAAAGUGUCCAAGAAAGUGAGGUUGAUUUGGAAGAGCGGAAACGACAAUUAGAGCUUGUUUUUAAAGAUAUGGAAUCGGAAAGUGAGGAUGAACAUAAAGAAAAAACUAAAAAGCCCAAGAUCUUUAAAAACGCUCUAAAGAAAAUAGGCAAGAAGAAAAAGACUAAGCCGGAUCAACCUGAGGAUUUUCCUCUGAUGGAACAAGAUCAACCAGUGGAAAAUGUCAAGAAAAAGAAUACUUCUGAGAAAAUUGUAGAAGUGAAAGGUCAGCUAGGGGAAUUAAAGGACAUUGCUCACGACAACAUCAAUAAGUUGUAUGAAAGGGAGGAUAACCUUGACGAUUUGGAGGACCGGGCUGGUCAGUUGUCUGAAACGGCCUCCAUGUUUCACAAGACAUCAAUUCAGGUCAAAACCAAAAUGGAGACUUGUAACAAAAGAACAAAGACGAUCAUUAUCGGCGUUGUCAUCGCACUUCUUGCUCUCGUCGUCAUAAUUCUCGUCGCAGUAGUCGCUAACAAGUCCAAUGAUACUGAGAUUCGCACAGUUCAUAUUGUCCACGUGGUCAACGGCACGGCGCCAUAUUUCACACCCUCCCCAGGUUGAACGCCAUAUCCAUCCCAUUCUCCCCAGCUCUGUAAUAGGUGGGAUAUGGUCAGAUGAUGGGAAUACAUGUAGAAUCUUAUACUGCCCCGCUCACGAUUAGCUCAUACCGAUAAUCGGCGGUGAUAUUGUUAGCUUCAAUGCUAUGUACUAAAAAUACCUACCUAUACCCGGCUUUGAAAAAUGUUUCAUUUUUAACUACUCAUGCAAGUUGAUCAUUUAUACAAGUAAUUAUAUAGAUAAAUAACGAAAUAAUAUAAUAUACCAGGUAUGCAAUACAUGUAUUGGCAUAAUAAACCCGUUAAAUUGCUUUUUAUGAUAAACGUUUGAAAUGCAUUAUGUUUACAUAUGAAUUUCAGUAUUGUUAACAAUAAUCUGCAUUUAUGCAAUCGCAAAAUAUUUAAUUAUCAAUUUACAUUUUAGCAUGGUUGUUUAUUUCAUAUAGAUAUAGAUAUUUAUUAUAUACCCACCAAUGUAUCGUUCUUUGAUACUGUGGAUUUCACAGCGUGUGAUCCGGUUUUCCGGAUCACCACACUGGUUUUCUGAUUCCGUAUCAGUAUCCUCUGAAACUGAUGCCGUCACAAUAGAUGUUUUGCACACUCGGUGCCGCCAUAUUUAAUUACCUAAUUAUAUAUGCGUGUCAAAGGUCAUAGGGGGGAAAACGACGUAAUCAUCGACGCAGCCUUUUUUUUUUUUUUUUUUUUUUACAUUGGUCAUAACUUCUAAAUGGUAAAUAUUAGAGCUUUCAUAUUGUACAUGAGCAUUUCUUGUGACAAGAUCUUUCUACUGGUACCAAGAUGUUUGUCCUUGUGACCUUGGCCAUCUUCGGAAUUGGCCAUUAUCGGGGGCAUUUGUGUUUCACAAAUACAUCUUGUUGUUAUUAUGAACACGUGACUAGAAUGUUUGAUGUGUCGUGCAAUAUGUUUUGUAAGUGUGAUUUGUAGAUAUGUUAUAGAUAUAGAAUUUGUAAUACUUCCACUUGACUAUGAUAAGGCAUUACAGUGGUAUCAAAAUUUGUAAUCUUCAAACUGUUGUGAUCCAUUGUGUGUUACUGUAGAUUUGAUGAAUGAAACCCUCAUUCUUGAGGAAAUAAAGCUGCCAUAGACCUUGCAUCGAUGUUUGUAGCCCUCUGCUGUGAAUUGAAUAUGUUGUAGUCCUCCUUCUGUGGUAAGUUUUUAAUCUCAGUGUUGCUGCUUGCCAUGGGGAAACUUUAUGUUAUCGCAGUAACGGUGUUUGAAUGUCUCCAUUGUAGAAUGACAUUCCUCAUUCUGAUAUUUACAUCUAUACCCCAUUGCUUUAGGACGUUUAUGUUGUUGAUAUAUACCAUCAAGAAAUACUUGUAAUGUUUUCAAUUUAACUUUGUUCUGCCAUCAAAUGGAAUGUUAGAAUAUUUUCGAAGCACUUUUGUACUUACCCAUCAAGCUAUAUGAUUUGUAUAAGAUGUCAGUAUGUUUUCUCCAUCUAUACUGUGUAAGUGUCACAUUACUGUUUUGAUGCUAGUCAUAUAUUGUAUGAUUUGGUUGUGUUGAGUUAUGGCCCCUAAUUAUAACAAUACGCUUUAAUGCAUUAUUCUCGUGUGCUAAGUAUCGUGAUUCAUUGUAGUUGUGUUAAAACACGUUAGAACGCUCAAAAUCUUUAUUAUCAUUACAUACAUUCUCAUCAGCACUCUGGAGAUAAAAAAAAAACCCUGAUACUAUUAUAUUCAUAAAACAAAUCCUUUACAAAUUAAUCACUUGCAAGGUGAUUCCCCUCGAAGAUUGCAUGACGUGUUGAAGUUAUUUGCUUUGUUUUAUGCAUUUGGUAUAGCAGCAAUAUCUUUAUCAGAGUUUAUCACAUGGAAAUUUACCAUUAAUUUGUGUUGUAGAUAGCGGUAUUCAUAAAGUUGGGUUUUUCUGUGUUAAGCUGUGAUUUUUAGCACAAUAUUUGUUAUGUGGUUGUCAUGUCACGUGUGUGUAGCAUUUAAAAAAUAAGCACUGUGAUAGCUAAAUCCACUUUGAUUUGUUUGUCCAUUUCCUUUUUUGGACAAGAAAUGGGAUGAAACUAAUGAUUUGAGUUAUAGAAUUGCUUUUAUACGUUUUAAAUCAUUGUACAACAUGCAUGUUUAUUAAACAAUGAUGUUCAAUAGUA